AUGAUAGGAUAAAGCAAAACUGAGUUACAUUAAGUCUUUAAGAGCUUCGAUAAAGAUGGAAGUGGAUUUGUAGAUAAGUCAGAGCUUCAUGCAAUAGCCUAAUAACUCAAUUAAGAACUCAGCAAAGAAGAGGUUGAUAAGUUAAUGUCAGUUGUAGAUAUAAAUAAAGAUGGUCAGAUAUCGUUUGAUGAGUUUUGGAAUUGGUGGCAAUUCGGAAAAAAUGGACAUUUAGAAAAACUAGUAUUUACUAAACUGAAGCUAAUGAAUUUACUUAAGAAGGUUAACUCAUAAUUCACAAGAUUUGGGAUUUCUAUCUUUGAGAAAUAAGAUAAUACAUUUGAUCAUCACUAUUGGGCAAUAAAUUAUGGUGAUUAACCCUGUCAUUUAAGAGUUGACAGCACAAUUUUAUAUAAUGGUAAAGGAAUUGCAGAAGCUUUAAAUAAUGAAAAUAAGUUAUUAAAAGGAAUCUAAUUAAAUCCAGGAAAGUUUUUCGAUGUGACCUUGAUAAUUCGUGCUCUGUAACCUGAAACAGCUAAACAGAAGUUUUAAUAAUUAUACGCUGAGUUUUUGUAAAAAUUAUAAAAGGACGAAUCUCCAGAAUCCUAAGAAAUGGUUGAAUUUCUUUCAAAGUGUGACUUGUAGGUUUCAUCAAAUACAGAUAGUCUCAUUAUCCAAUUUACAGUCAAACAUCCCUUAGUCUAAGACUUUAUUGAGACCUAAUAUACUCCUUUUUCUGAAUAAUUGGGUGAGGAUGUUGAGGUUUAGGUUGAGUUAAGUGUUGGUGUAAAAAAUGGAUUGAAAAAGAUGAUGAAAAAGAAUUAAAUUUUUAUCAAGUAUUUACUAGAAGGUUUCUUGGUUGAAUUCAAAACUAAAUUUAAUUCAUCUCUUGCUAAAAAGGUAUUCAAUUUGGGGCUUUUUAUGCUUUAACAAGCUCAAUCAAAGAAAAUGUAAUAAAAAAAGGUCCUUUCGAAAUAUAAAUAAGCCUUUACAUUCCCACUCCUUUUUAAGCACUCAAAAUUUCAUUUACAAUUUAAAAAUAUGGAAGAUGUGGAUGCUUUCCUUAAAUCUCUAGGCCUAGAUGAACUAGUCGAAGAUUAACCAAAUGCAAGGGAUUUGUUACAGGAGCUUAUUUAGCAAGAUGAAAUAGAUGAUUUUAAAAAUCCUCAUGACGAUGCUCACAUCGUCUAUUAAUUUUAUUAAUUUGGAAAACAAUACUUGAUUGCUAAAGGAUCAGCCUUUGCAUAAUUUCCAAAUGCACUUGCUAAAUUUGAAUUUAAUUUUGAAGGAUUAGCUGAUGUUAUGGAAUGCAUAUUUAGAGAAGAUGCAGAUGACUAAAAAAAGAAAUAGAAAUGAAUUGAAUUCAAAAUAUAUCUAAUCAAAUAUAAGAUAUUAUUAUUCUCAUCA